AUGUCGACUCAAACACACACCCCACUGCCCCAAGUCGGGAAGCUCGUGAGCGUGGUUCCGGUCGGCCUUAAAGAAGCGGCUCUUGACUCGCCUACCUUCCGCGCGACAACUCUCCACUUCUGCGACCAGAUCGAGUUCAUCGAGAAAUGGCUGGACGGAUACGCUCGAGCUGCCACGAAGCUCACCUCUGAGCUAACCGCUCUGGAGAGUGCGGUGGGCAGCUUUCUCUCCUACACGACAAACCCCCUCAUCGUCUCCGAAGCCGUGGUCGAUCAUGACUACACGUUGCUGGCAAUGAGGAGGUCCGGGGAGGGAUCCAAAGAUCUUUGGAAUGGCUUGGUCAGCGUGACCAAAAAGAUGGAGUCCGUGAUUGCGGAACCCAUUCGGGCUUUUAUUCACGAGGAUCUGCGGCACUUUAAGGAAACACGGCGCUCCCUGGAGCUCGCCCAAAAGCAGUACGACUAUUUGCAAGCUCGAUACGCGUCCCAGUCAAAGUCCAAAGAACCCUCCGCCCUGAGAGAAGAGGCCUUUCAGCUCCAUGAAGCACGCAAAGCCUACCUGAAGACAUCUAUGGAUUUCUCCGUCGAAGCUCCUCAGGUGCGCAACGCACUUGACCGACUUCUGGUGCGGAUAUCGUUUGACCAGUGGCGAGACUUCAGACAGUUUCACAAUAACAACGGCAACGCAUUCUCUAAAUGGUCAUCCGAGAUGGACCGCAUCAAAGGUUGGGUCCAUGAAAUGGAGGGAAGUGAAAGGUCCUCCAAACGGGAGCUUCUCUCCACCAGAAAGCAGAUCGAAGAGGCUGCGGAGCUGGUGGCACGACCGUCCCGAGAAUUGGAGGAUUACUCGAUCUCUACUGUUCCCUACCUUGGAUCUCGCCCUUUGUCGUCGCUCAAUAUGACCAAGGAAGUGAAAGCGGAAAAGCAAGGAUGGGUUAAUCUACGGACAUUGUCAGGGAAACCGACUCGGACUUCCUGGGUUCGACGAUGGGCCUUCCUAAAACACGGGAUCUUCGGGUGUCUUGUACAGGGUGCGCGCACGGGCGGUGUUGAAGAAAGCGAGCGGAUCGGCGUGUUGCUUUGCAGCGUUCGACCAGCGUUCCAAGAGGAACGGCGCUUCUGCUUCCAAGUGAAGACAAAAAACAACAACAUCAUGCUCCAAACAGAAACGCAAAGAGAGUUGAUAGAGUGGAUCGGCGCCUUUGAAGCAGCUAAGCAAAAAGCGUUGGAGAAUCCAGCAAGCACCGACCGCUCGAUCACAGGGAAACUUACCGUUCAGGACCCUGCCUUCGCAAUCUCCCAACCCCCAGCCCCAGAAUUCGCCGCGGAGCCGCACGAUUCUCUCACUCCUGAUGCACAUGACGAACCGAGCUCGAUAGAGCGCGCUAGUACACUCGCCAUUCCGGACCGGGAUGCGUUGGCGUUCAGAAAUAGCACCGAUGCCAGCACGAAUCGAAGGCUCUCUGGACUCGAAGGGGAAGGCUCUACCAGGGAGCAUGCUAGGGAACACACGGCAAGAAUUAUCCAAAAACUGGACCUGCAUCGCAAGUCGAACAAUGCUCCACCAUCGCCGGCCACUGGUAUCGCCAGCCUCAUAUCUGCCAGCCACAAUGCUCUCCCUUACGGCAAUGCUGGCCCAUUCACUGCGGGAGAAAGCGAAGGGAACCGGAGCCGCGGCCGCAGUUUGAGUAGCCGUGAUGAACCUGGUUGGAGCCUCGCGCCUCCGACUUUGGCUAAUCCACCUGCACCCACCAGCAUGAGUAAAGCUGCGGUCGUUGUCAGCAACGAGAGAGGCAUUGGAUUGGGGUCCACUGAUAGCACAGGCGGAAUGCCCAGUGGGAUGAUGGCCAACUUAUGGGGAAGCUCCAAUUGGGGGUUUAUGAACAAAUUCCAACGAGACUACGUUCAGCAUACAAAUGGGGAUCAAGAUAGCGCAUCCGAAGGACGGCCAUCCUCCGCAUUAAGUGACUCCUCGAAGCACACGAUUGCCGCGCAGGCUGAUACAACGUCAACCGCCCGACAGACACCGGGUCCACGCCACAGACAGACCGUGAGCCUGGAUGGCGAUGCGUCUAAACUCCAGCGAGCUGCAAUAGGGGUUCAACAUGAAUACCCUAGCUACUAUCCCCAGCCGCUCAGAAUUCAGGAUGCCCAGUUUCGACUGCUGUUUCCUGAUGUCAAGAAAGAUGAAUCAUUGGUUCUGGUGUUCAGAGCGACUUGGAGCCCAAAUGACCAGCAAGAAUUCCCAGGACGAGCCUAUGUUACGACCCAGAACAUCUUUUUCUACAGCCACCACUUUGGCUUGGUCUUGACCACGAGUGUCUCUCUGGAUAGUGUCAAAGAAGUCACCGCUGCCUCCGGGAGAGACUGUGAUUUCCUUUACUUGCACACCAUCCCACCUCUUGGAAGCGACACUCCCGGACGGGUAACGAUCAAGACAUUCCUUGAGUCCCUCCGAGUUCUCCAAAAGCGUCUGAAUUUCUUGGUUCAUAACUCCAUAGCCGCUGAACCCUUAACAUUGGAGGCUGUCUUCAAAACUCUGAUCAAGAUGGAUACCGGGUCUCCAACCCGACAUUCCAGCGCAGAUAGCUGGGAGGAUGCCUCGGCCGGGCUUGCAGACACUAAAUUCGAUGGGAACUCUGCUGCCCAGAAGGAUUUCCGAGCUCCUAUCUAUAUUGACAAGGAUCUCGACCUGGAUGCUGGUCGUGGACGAGAUCUGCCAAAGUUUAGACUUCCCACGCAGCCCGUGGAGUAUGUCCCACAAGGAGACCUGGUUCUGGCAACGGAGAAGGUGCUUGAUGUCAGUCCUAAGGCGCUUUUCCAUAUAUUAUUUGGUGACAAGAGUGCUGUUUGGCAACUUCUACUUCAUGAGAGGGAAGCUCGCGACAUCAAGCAAUGGCCUUGGACCACUACGGAAUCGCGUCAUCUCCGACGAGACUUUGAGUAUCAGAUUGGCACUACGGGCCUACUUGGAGGAAACCAAGAGAAUGCCAUUGCGGAUUACCAAAUCAUCGAUGUACUCAAUGAUCACCUUUGCUAUGUCAUCACCGAUAAGAAGACCCCUUGGCAUCUACCAUUCCGACGCUCCUUCCGACUGGUCAGCAAAGUUGUCAUUACUUUCCAAGCCAAGUCGAAGAGUAAGCUUGCCAUUUACACAAAUGUGGAAUGGCUAUGGUCGCCGUACGGUUUGAAGAGUUCCAUCAACAAGAGGGCGAUCAAGGAUCUCGAAGAGGAUGCUUUAGAUCUGGUAGACUUGGUGAGUGACCAAGUGCGUCGACUCGGCGCACAUAGUCGCACCAAAAAGGCCAUUACCAUCUUUGGUCAUGUCGGACGCCAGAGCCACGUUUCUCACUUCACUAAAGUGGGCGGAAACCUGAAGCUGCAAUCGCGAAAGCGACAUCAGCGAACCAUGACACAGCUGCUUAUGGGGUCGUUUUUGUCAUUGCUGGACAGCGCCGUUUCGUCGAUUAUGAUUUGUUCAUUCGACGUCCUCCGCUGGUCGUGGAAGACUUUGAGUGCGCAUAAGGUCAUUUUGGUCUUGCUGGUCGCCAGCGUGCUCAUGAACGGAUUCUACUCUUCUCGAGAUACUUGGGAUUGGUGGCACGAGAGACACGCCGGAAACUUCAUGGCCCGGCUUGGCGUCCAACCGGACUUGGUCAUGAGCAAGGCCAUUUAUAUGAGAGAUAUCGACGAGGCCGUCGCAAAUACAACCAUCUGGCCCAACUCUGGCAGCCCCAGCGAUUGCUUCUCCACAUUCUACGAACAGACCACCCGAUAUGCCGAGAUGCCUCUUGCCCUCAGCACCGCUGGCCCCCGAGACACGAUGGCCCGGAGUACUCUCAAACGUUUCCAGCAGACCCGCGAACGACUGGGCUCGCACCGACACAAUCUGCUCGUUGCGCUGCGCGUCGUGAAUAGCAUCGAGCGAGAAGUCAUCCAGAAUGAGUGGGAGCGCUGGCUCCGCGACGAGAUCCGCCGCUGUCGCCAAGUUGAGAUCCUUCUCAGCGGCAACGCUGCCGAUGGCGAUAAAGGGAGCCGGUUGGCUCAAGCCGAGCAAGUCUUCGCCGAACAUGCCAAUGACGUAAAGCAGUGGUACGAAACGUACUGUUCGAGCUGUCGCAUGGAGCACGACCAAGUUGUGAAGAAUGACCGUGAUAAUUUGCUCGCUUGA